CUGCGGAGCUGCUGUUGCCUAGCUCUCGGCCGGCUGAGUCACGUCCCUUCCAGGCCCGGCCUAGCGAGGACGCGCGCCCGCCGCCCCGAAGCAGCUGCCACCCGGGCCUUGGGACCUCUGCACUUGACUUUUUCCAGCGGGCACAAAGCCUUUUGCCGUUGCCGUAGCGACUGGCAGCCUAGCUAAGACCGCCUUCACUUUCUAUCCCCCUCCUUUCCUAGCUCAUUCUUUGCUUAUUUUAGGGUCUGUCCGAUGACCCUAUAGGUCGGGCUUGGAGGGCGCCGGCUCUCUGGCAACAGACUGCCCUCCUCUGGGCGCUGGGCGGCCGGCUGCCUCCGAGGCUGGGGCGGCCUCCGCAGUCUCCAUGGUAACGGCCCAGACGGCUUCUCCGCCUCGGGGGGAAGAUGAGGCCUGCCUGGCCCGCCGCCUCGCCCCCGGCCUCAUGGCCGGGCCGGGGCCACUGAGGAGGAAGGUCCCGGCCGCCGGACUGCGGGGCAGCGGGCACCAGUGAAAUCCCAUUCUCCGGCUGGAGACACAGAUGGCCUCAAAUGAGAGAGAUGCUAUAUCGUGGUACCAAAAGAAGAUUGGAGCAUAUGAUCAGCAGAUAUGGGAAAAGUCAAUCGAACAGACUCAGAUUAAGGGCUUCAAAAACAAACCAAAAAAGAUGGGUCACAUAAAGGCAGACUUGAUUGAUGUUGACUUAAUCAGAGGCUCAACAUUUGCCAAAGCCAAACCUGAAAUUCCGUGGACAUCUCUGACUCGGAAGGGGCUUGUUCGAGUUGUAUUUUUUCCAUUUUUCAGCAAUUGGUGGAUUCAGGUUACCUCUUUAAGAAUCUUUGUUUGGCUGCUACUGCUUUACCUCAUGCAAGUUAUAGCACUCGUGUUCUAUUUUAUGAUGCCUAUUGUGAAUGUAAGUGAAGUACUUGGACCCUUGUGCCUUAUGUUACUCAUGGGAACUGUCCACUGUCAAAUUGUGUCUACUCAGAUAACAAGGCCAUCGGGAAACAAUGGAAAUCGGAGAAGAAGAAAAUUACGAAAAACUGUAAAUGGUGAUGGGAGCCGAGAAAAUGGAAAUAACUCCUCUGAUAAAGCCAGAGGAACAGAAACUUUGGAAUCUGCACCCUUUAAUGGUGGUUUUUGGGGGACUCUCUUUGGCAACAGGAUGAAAAGAGUAAAAUUAAUAUGUAGCAAAGGGACAGAGACUGACAAUGACUCAGGUUGUCUGCAUCCUAUCAUCAAGAAGAGACAGUGUCGACCAGAGAUUAGAAUGUGGCAAACAAGAGAGAAAGCAAAAUUUUCAGAUGGAGAAAAGGGAUGCAGGGAGCCGUUCGGGCGUUUGGGCAAUGGGAUUUCAGAUGAUCUGUCAAGUGAGGAUGAUGGUGAAGCCCGGACACAGAUGAUGGCACUGCGGAGGAGUGUGGAAGGGGCCUCAAGUGACAACGGCUGUGAAGUUAAGAAUAGGAAAUCAAUACUUUCAAGGCACCUAAACACUCAGGUAAAGAAGACCACUUCCAAGUGGUGUCCUGUUGUGCGGGAUUCAGAUAGUCUGGCUGAAUCAGAGUUUGAAUCGGCAGCCUUCAGUCAGGGCUGUAGAUCUGGCGCGAGUGGUGGUUCUCGAAGCCUCAACAUGUUGAGAAGAGACUCGGAGAGCACCCGUCAUGACUCGGAGACAGAGGAUAUGUUAUGGGAUGACCUGCUGCACGGCCCUGAGUGCCGGUCGUCUGUCACCAGCGACAGUGAGGGGGCCCACGUGAACUCCCUUCACUCAGGGACCAAACGUGACCCCAAAGAGGAUGUUUUUCAGCAGAACCAUUUAUUCUGGCUUCAGAACUCAAGUCCUGCCUCUGAUCGAGUUAGUGCAAUAAUCUGGGAAGGGAAUGAGUGCAAAAAGAUGGAUAUGUCUGUGUUGGAAAUAAGUGGCAUCAUCAUGAGCAGGGUUAAUGCGUAUCAGCAAGGAGUAGGUUAUCAGAUGCUGGGAAAUGUCGUCACCAUCGGAUUAGCAUUUUUCCCUUUUUUACAUCGACUGUUCCGAGAGAAGAGCCUUGACCAGCUAAAGUCCAUCUCAGCUGAGGAGAUCUUGACUCUCUUUUGUGGGGCACCACCUGUUACACCUAUUAUUAUUUUGUCUAUAAUUAAUUUUUUUGAACGACUGUGUCUUACUUGGAUGUUUUUUUUCAUGAUGUGUGUGGCGGAGAGAACAUACAAACAGAGAUUUUUAUUUGCAAAACUCUUCAGCCAUAUUACUUCUGCCAGGAAAGCUAGAAAAUAUGAAAUACCUCAUUUCAGACUUAAAAAGGUGGAGAACAUUAAGAUAUGGUUAUCAUUGCGUUCCUUUCUGAAGAGACGGGGCCCACAGCGAUCAGUGGAUGUGGUUGUGUCUUCUGUCUUCCUACUGACACUUUCCAUUGCUUUCAUUUGUUGUGCCCAGGUUCUCCGGGGACAUAAAACUUUCCUAAAUGAUGCUUAUAAUUGGGAGUUUUUGAUCUGGGAAUCAGCUUUACUACUCUUCUUACUGCGCUUAGCCUCACUGGGGUCUGAAACCAAUAAGAAAUACAGCAAUGUCUCAAUAUUACUUACCGAACAGAUUAAUUUAUAUCUUAAAAUGGAAAAAAAGCCGAAUAAGAAAGAACAGCUUACUCUAGUAAACAAUGUAUUAAAGCUAUCCACCAAGUUGUUGAAAGAGCUGGACACACCAUUUAGACUCUAUGGACUGACAAUGAAUCCCUUGAUCUACAAUAUCACACGAGUAGUUAUCCUUUCUGCUGUCUCAGGUGUUAUAAGUGAUCUUCUAGGAUUUAAUAUAAGACUGUGGAAAAUUAAGUCAUAAGCUGAGUCAUGUGCCCGGACUUUCUCCCCUUGCUGGCAUCAGUGCUUAACCCAUUAAGGAAAGAAAUGACUGCAAACCCAUGAGACACCCACCUGCUUGUUCACACGGAGAGGAGCCCUCAGCUCUACCUAAUCUAACGAAUGGUGUUUUCAGAGGAACAGAGCCUUUUCCAACUGGGUGUGCAUGCUAAAAACCUGUAUUUUCAUGGUUUUCAAAUAGUAUGAAUAGUCAGGAGACUGAAGACUGUUGUGUUAUAGUAACUUAAGGACAACUUUUUAAGUUAAGAAAUUUAUUCUGGGCAUUUCAGUGCUGUGACAGUUCUGUUUAUUGGAAAUAGUCUUUUGGGUAACUAUGGCAGAUGCCCAAAGCAUGAAGCAAAAUCCUUUAUUGGAAAUAUGCAAAUUCAGUACUUUUCUAUUACAGUCUAUAGAAUUGGAGAUUUCAUUUCUCUAGCAAAGAGAGAUCAAGUUUAAACUAUUUUAGGUUGAACCUGAAUAAAAGAACUUUAUUGCAGAAUUUCAGUUUCUAGGCUUUUUUGUUGUUGUUGAAAGAAAAAAAUAACCUUUUAAACUGUGAUUUUCUGUUAAACUGUGGA